AUGGCCAUUUCUUCUGACGAUAGUCAACAUAAACCAUCGGAGUUAUCCACAUCACUGCCAGAAAAACUUACUGGCUUUGAAUGGUGGAGACGUUCCUUGGCCUAUAGAACUGGUUUAGGACUUAAUGAACAAGAACAGAAACAAUAUGAACAUGAUUAUACAGCAAAGAAUUUACCAGAUAUGUGUAAGAGCUGUGUAGAAGGUAGAGAUUGGAUGUUACAAUAUUCCCCCACCGUUAUCUUCAUGAUGGAUCAUGUUAGAAAACUUGGAGGUAAUCUUAAUGUCACCAACAUUAAUUGUGAUGUAUGUGACGAUACUAAAGGUGGUGGAUUCCAUCCAGAAAUGGGGAUUUUACUUUGUUCAAAUUGGAUCCGGAACAAGUGGCAACUUGAAGAUAUUCUUGCCCAUGAGUUGGUACAUGCGUAUGACUACUUGAAAUUCAAAGUAGAUCUUACAAACCUUAAACAUCAUGCAUGUACAGAGAUAAGAGCUUCCAUGCUUAGUGGAGAAUGUAGAAUAUUUAAUGAAAUCAAGAAAACUGGGUUAGGAAAUUUCGGAAGUAAAUUCCAAACUUGCGUAAGAAGAAGAGCUGUGCUCUCGGUGCAAGCCAACCCUAAUUGUUCUGGCCCGGAAGAAGCACAAAGAGUGGUUGAUACUGUUUGGCAAUCAUGUUUUAAUGACACUAGACCUUUUGAACAAGUUUAUCGUUAA